AUGCGAACUUUAAGUUCUUUGAUACUUUUAGCGGUAGUCGUGAUAAUUAUUACCAAUACUUCAUUUGCUCAAAAUGCUACGAAUUAUUUAGUUUCAUCGUUGCCUGGUAUUCCUCAAAAUGUUAAUUAUUCGACUUAUGCUGGUUUGAGUAGUUUAUUUUUUGAAAUCGGACCAUGGAGAUUAAUUGAUAAUCAAACAUUGAGAUCAGCUAAUGAAUCAUGGAACCAAUAUGCUAAUUUAUUAUUUGCAGGUGAAAGUUAUGCAGGAACACUUAUAAGCUAUAUAGCCACUGCUAUACUAGGACGUAAUAAUCUAACAAGUACUUCAAAUAAUUUGAAGUAUAACCUGCAAGGCAUUGCCAUUGGAAAUGGAUGGAUUGAUCCUCGUACACAGUACACUGCUCAAUAUACAUAUGCACUUAGCAAUAAUCUUAUAGGCGAUAUUUACAAGCUGCUUGUUGAUAAACAAUUAGAGUUAUGUUUGCAAACUUUAAGAAACAGUACAACAGUUCGUGUUAAACCUUGUGAACAAACGUUUGGACUUAUUGUUAACGGCACUCAAAUUGGCACUGGAAACAACGCGACUUGUAUAAAUAAGUACGACAUUAGAGAUCGUUCCAGUAUAUUUCCUGCAUGCGGAGACGACUGGCCUUAUAGCCUUCCUACCCUUCAAGCAUAUUUAAAUCGACGAGACGUAACCACAGCAAUUCAUGCUAAUGCCGCAAACGUAACUUGGGUUGGCUGUAAUACUGCUGUAUCUAACCUUCUUUUUAAUGAUGAUCGAUCCGGACCUGCAUUUGAUAAUCUAACCACUACUCCAUGGACUGUAAAUAACGCUUUAUUGGGUCGAAUGAUAUCAGAAAGGAACCUUACAUAUGUUGUUGUAUAUAACUCGAGUCGUAUGGUUCCUGCUGAUCAACCAAGGAUUAGGGAUAUCAUGUAUAGGUUUAUGGGAUUAGAUCAAAGAUUUUUGCCAAGUUAA